GAUUCGUGCCGGAAGCGCCCGCGAGGCGUUGGCGGCGGCGCACGUGGUGACGUGCGAGGGGGUAAGGCGCGAGCUGGCUGGGGUUGCGGCAGUGUCUCUGGGGCGCGCGUGGAGGUCGGUUACUGGGGACCGCAGGGCACAGUUUCUCCGCCUGCUGCUUCAGCGCGGCAUCGGUGAGCGAGUGAGGGAGUGAGCGAGUCCCCGCGAAUACUCGGUGGCACUCUCUUCUCCUCGCAACCUCCGUGGACUGACCGCGUGUCCUCCCGCUCGAUCGCUUCCCCCCUCCGCGGCCUCGAGACGCUUUCCGUUGGGCCUGGUCCCGCCCGCUUCCUGCUGCUGCCCUUCGAAGCUCCAGAGAUGAGUUUUUCCAUCUCUUCAGAGAUGAACCAGAUUAUGAUGCAUGAUUAUCACAGAAGAAAUUCAUGUCUAUAGCUUUUAAGGACUUGAUUACAUCAUCUCCAAGCCUGAUAGUUUUGGGAUCCCCAUUGGAGCUUAAGACACCUCUGCCUUCACUUCAACCAACUGUCUUCAUACCUCAAUGCAGUGCUGAGAUUUAACACUCCUUUGUCUUGGAUUAUUUAAGACGCCCCAGAGGUACAUUUCUCACCAGGAUAGUAGCCAAAUUUACAAGGAAAAAUGAUUCCCAAUGGAUAUUUAAUGUUUGAAGAUGAAAAUUUCAUUGAGUCCUCCGUCGCCAAAUUAAACGCCCUGAGGAAAAGUGGCCAGUUCUGUGAUGUUCGACUUCAGGUGUGCGGCCAUGAGAUGCUGGCGCACCGAGCGGUGCUGGCUUGCUGCAGUCCCUAUUUAUUCGAAAUCUUUAAUAACGACAGCGAUCCCCACAGAGUUUCUCACGUUAAAUUCGAUGAUCUCAACCCAGAAGCUGUUGAAGUCUUGCUGAAUUAUGCCUACACUGCACAGUUGAAAGCUGAUAAGGAAUUAGUAAAAGACGUUUAUUCUGCAGCCAAAAAGCUGAAGAUGGACCGAGUGAAGCAGGUUUGUGGCGAUUAUUUGCUGUCCAGAAUGGAUGUUACCAGCUGCAUCUCUUACCGAAACUUUGCGAGUUGUAUGGGAGACUCACGUUUGUUGAAUAAGGUCGAUGCUUAUAUUCAGGAGCAUUUGUUAGAAAUUUCAGAAGAGGAAGAGUUUCUCAAACUUCCACGGCUAAAGCUGGAGGUGAUGCUCGAAGAUAACGUUUGCUUGCCCAGCAAUGGCAAACUGUACACAAAGGUAAUCAACUGGGUGCAGCGCAGCAUCUGGGAGAAUGGAGACACCCUGGAAGAGCUGAUGGAAGAGGUUCAAACCUUGUACUACUCAGCUGAUCACAAGCUGCUUGAUGGGAACCUACUAGAUGGACAGGCUGAGGUGUUUGGCAGUGAGGAUGACCACAUUCAGUUUGUGCAGAAAAAGCCACCACGUGAGAAUGGCCAUAAGCCGAUAAGUAGCAGUUCCACUGGAUGUGUCUCUUCUCCAAGUGCCACGGUACAAAGCCCUAAGCAUGAGUGGAAAAUCAUUGCUUCAGAAAAGACUUCAAAUAACACCUACUUGUGCCUGGCUGUGCUGGAUGGGACGUUCUGUGUCAUCUUCCUUCACGGGCGGAACAGCCCCCAGAGCUCACCGACAAGCACUCCAAAACUAACGAAAAGCUUAAGCUUUGAGAUGCAGCCCAAUGAGCUGGUGGAAAAGCCCAUGUCACCCAUGCAUUACGCACGGUCUGGUCUGGGGACGGCAGAGCUGAACGGCAAACUCAUAGCUGCAGGUGGCUAUAACAGAGAGGAAUGCCUUCGAACAGUUGAGUGCUAUGACCCACGUACAGAUCACUGGUCCUUCCUCGCCCCCAUGAGAACACCGAGAGCCCGGUUUCAGAUGGCUGUGCUGAUGGGCCAGCUCUACGUGGUUGGUGGGUCCAAUGGCCACUCGGACGACCUGAGCUGUGGAGAGAUGUACGAUCCAUAUGUAGACGACUGGAUUCCUGUUCCAGAGCUGAGAACCAACCGCUGCAAUGCUGGGGUGUGCGCCCUGAAUGGAAAAUUGUACAUCCUCGGUGGCUCCGAUCCAUAUGGUCAGAAAGGACUGAAAAACUGUGAUGUUUUUGAUCCCAUAACAAAGUCAUGGACAAGCUGCGCUCCUCUGAACAUCCGUAGACACCAGUCUGCAGUCUGUGAGCUUGGUGGUUAUUUGUACAUCAUCGGAGGUGCGGAGUCGUGGAACUGCCUGAGCUCCGUGGAACGUUACUGUCCUGUAAACAACACCUGGACUUUAAUUGCGCCCAUGAAUGUGGCGAGGAGAGGAGCUGGAGUAGCUGUUCUGGGUGGCAAACUGUUUGUGGGUGGCGGCUUUGAUGGUUCGCACGCCAUCAGCUGUGUGGAGAUGUAUGAUCCAACUAGGAAUGAGUGGAAGAUGAUGGGAAACAUGACUUCACCAAGGAGCAAUGCUGGGAUUGCAGCUGUAGGGAACACCAUUUAUGCAGUGGGAGGAUUUGAUGGCAAUGAGUUUCUGAAUACCGUAGAAGUUUAUAACCUUGAGUUAAAUGAGUGGAGCCCCUAUACAAAGAUCUUCCAGUUUUAACAAAUUUAAGAUUUUUUUCAAACUAACAGGCUUAGUGAUGUAAUUGUGUGUAGUAGAGGUACAUUUGUGAAUAAGGAGGGCGGGUGGGUGUAGAGGUUGCUGACAGCAACACAAAGCUUUGCAUAUUGCAUACUAUUAAACAUGCUGUACAUACUUUGUGUUAUUAGGGAAGGAAUGCAAAGAUGAAGAUCUGUUUUGUGUAUUUUUAGGGCUACUUUGGUUAUUUUACUUUUUGGGAGUUGAUAUUGUAAAAGAAUAAACCGAGAAUGGUUUGGGCAUACCAAUUUCAAGAAGUCCCCUCUCCUCCACCUUUGUUUUGGCAAUUUGCACAUUAAAUGGCUCUUUCCUCAAAUGUGUAUUAGGCGAGAGGGGAAGGGUAAUGAGAUACAGGUGGUUGGGUUUUUUAAGAACCCUUUUUCAAUAACUGGAAACCCUCUAUAACAAAAAAGACUUAUUUAACUAGAUGGCAAUGACUAUUUUUGUUUUUAUUAAAAGAAAGCUGACAUGCCUGCCAAGAUUUAAUCUUUUAUGAUUGCCUUUUAUAACUUUUUAUAUCCUUAGAGUGUGUUACCUGUUGAAGAUGUGGUGGAUUCAUAUUAUGGAAGCAGAGGGGUAGUCUUAACAGCUGCAGAGUGAAGUGUUUCUUUUACACACCUAGAAGACAAAUGUCUAAGCAUUUGCCUCAGCUGCAUUUUUUUUUUUUUUGAGAAUGAAGUACCAAUGUUUAUUUGAAUAGAACUGCUGAACAGUAACAUAGCUUCCAAUUUUUAUUUGAAACAUCGAUUUUAAGUGUGACUUUUUGAGGGUAUGUUAUAUCUAGAACAUAUUUAAUAUUCAACAGUAAAGAACAGUGAAAUACUUUCUCUUCCAAACAAUUCCUGUUUUUAAUCAUUAGCAAAACAAUCCCAAAUGGCAGCCCUCGAUUGCGAAGACAAACUGUAUUGAAUUUGAGUGCAGCCAUUACCAGACUAUGUUUCUGUUUGGUGUUUCUAUUCGUAUGGAUAAACAUUGCUUGGGGUGACUUGGUAUCAAACUUGUAGUGCUACACAGAAAACUUUCGGGGCCAAAAUUAGCACGUCCUAAUGCCUGCUGCCGAUGCAAAUGUAUUAAAGGUACUUUGCAGGAAAUCCAUGCACCAUGGGAUUAAUAUCCCUGUGUUUUUUGUGUGCCCAUUCAUUACUAAAUGUUUUGGGGAAACGUUUUUUCCAGUAGCGAUGAGUGGGAAAAAAUACUCACCCAGCACUUUACAUCUGAAAGAAAGACUGAUAGAAGGUUAACAGUUUCUUCCCUCAGAGAAGACAAAGCAGCACACAAGAAUCUGUUCAACUAGCUGAGACAAGAUGACUAGUCGGCGGCUAACUAACUUGGUUAAGAAGAAAAUGAGGUACUUUUUCCAAAUGUUUCACUGGUACUUUCACACCUUAUUUGUAUCAUCCAUUCCACAAACACCACCAAGAAAGGGAAAUCCGUUCACCUAGUUAGUGGCUAGUUCCUGACUAUAUCCAUUGUGGUUGUUCUGGACUAAAACUAGGUUGGCAAAUUUGAGCCUAACAUAAUCACUUUGUUUAUGUUCUAUUUAGCAUAGGAAAUUAACUUUUAGUUGGGAAUUCAGCAGUAAAACCCUUGAAAGUACUUCUCAGUUCCUAAGUAACACUUAAAUGCAAAUAUGUGAGAUACUUUGGCUCAGAGUUUUCCUGUAUUACCAUUGAUGCCAAACAGGUAUUUUGGUGGCUGAAACUUAUUUUUAAAGUAUGUUUUGAAUAUAAGAAGCUUCCAUAAGGGGGAAAAAACAGUCGUCAGUGAUGAAUUGUUACUGUUUAUCCACAUAUAAAAGGUAUAUUUUUUCUUGAGGUAAGGAGACAAUGUGGCAUAGCCCCAGCAUAAUUAAUAUUUUUUUACCAGUAUGUGUUUUGGAGUAAUUUAGAAAUAAUAUCAAUAAUAACCACACUUGAGGUUGGUUGUCAUAAUGCAUAAAAUAUACUAGAUCCCUAAAACAGUAGCAAAAUUAUAAAAUACCUGGUAGAAUUAACAAAAUAAUUGGUAUACCUUAGACCUGAAAAUUUUUUAAUUUUUAUUUAUUUUUUUACUUUCAAGACAGGGCUUUGAUCUUUGGCUUGUAGUCUGUUAGACAUGCUUUACCGUUACUCAGCGUGUUUUAGCAUUUCUCAUGUAAUCACGUUUUGGCAGGAACCUCCUGGAUUCAGGACUGUGAUAUUGUGCUAGCAAUCUUGCUUGAUACCUGUAAUCUCUCUGGACCGCAGGAUUCUUAAUUUAAAAAUGAAGUAGGAAGAGGGGAAAAAGUCGGAUUACGGUAUUUUUGCAACUCCAGAGUUGCCUUUAGAAAGGUCACAGAAAACUCAGUCUCUAUAGUAUUAGGCAUUUAUUUGUAUUCUACUUGGUU